AUGCCGAACGAUUUUGAUAAGGAAAAGCAGCAAUUGCAGAAGGCUCAGGAACAAAUGAGCAGCAGCAAGUCUUAUGAAGAAUUAUGUGAGAUUUUGAAGAAACAAUUUGCGCCUAGAGUGUCAAUCUUCAAGGAGAGAAUCGAAUUUUACGAUUUGAAGCAAGCUGAAAAAGAAUCUGUAAAUGAGUGGUUUGCGCAAAUCAAGAGCAAGGCAAGCAAUUGCAAGUUUGGUGUACAACUGGAUGACUACUUCAAAGACAGGUUCGUAGCCGGAUUGAGAAAAGCGUCAAUUCUGGACAUGCCUAUGAAGAAAAAAGCAGCUUUGGCAACAUCAUCCAAGGUGGGUACGGUUGACAUCCACAGCAUAAGACAAGGUAAAGCCAAGGGGGCUUAUCGGAAAGGAGCGGGGCAAGAAAAGAAGAAAGCAGCGGGGCAGCAUCAAGAAUCCCUAGAGAAACCGAAGUGUGUACAUUGCGAGGUCAGCAAACACGUUUUCGCAAAGUGCAAGUACAAGGCGUACAAGUGUAAAAUUUGUAAUAAAGUAGGGCAUUUGGUUAAAAUUUGUAAAAGCGAUAAGAGUGCGGUAUCUAGUACAAAUUUAGAAUCGGAAGCGAAAAACGGCGAUACGGAGAUUGUGGACAUGUAUAAUUUAUGCAAUGUAGUUGACAGCGAGGAGCCUUUAAUGAUUAGUGUUGAUAUCGAAGGUCAGUCCAUUAAUAUGGAAUUAGAUACAGUUAAAAAAGGAAGUAGGAUUUUAAUGGGCAAAGAUUUAAUGAAACUUUUGAAAAUUGAGAUAGCAUCUUUGUAUUCUUUAAAAGAGAACAUUAGUCUGGAUGGAUUAUUGCAAGAGUAUAAGGAUUUAUUCAAGGAUAAGCUAGGUAAAUAUAAGUUUGAAAAGAUAGACCUUAAGUUAGCGCUAGAGGCAAAUCCGAUUUUUGUCAAGCCUAGGCCAAUACCUUUAGCAUUUAAGGAGAAAGUAACAGUCAAUAAAUAUCUCGAAGACGUUAAACAUCCUUUACCAAGAAUUGGGGAGUUAUUUGCGGCAUUAAGCGGCGGAGAAUUUUUCAUUAAAUUAUACCGCACGGCGUAUAAUCAGUUGGAAGUUUCGGAAGAAACCAGUAAACUAUUGGCAUGGAGUACUCAUAAGAGAAUUUAUUUGGUCAAAAGAUUACCUUUUGGAACCAAACCAGCUUGUUCAAUUUUUCAAAGAACUAUGGAAAAGGUCUUGCAAGAUAUAAAAAAUUUUAAAAGCGAAUUAGUUUCAGACAGGUAUCUAGUACAUUUUAAUGAAGAAUGGAAGCUUAAACUAGUCUGUGAUGUGUCAGAGGUAGGUAUCGGAGCGGUUUUGUUGCACAUUUUGCCGAACGGUACAGAAAAACCGGUUGCUUUCGCGUCCAGAAUAUUGCAUGAAGCAGAAAAGAAUUACUUGGUAAUACAUAAGGAAGCAUUAGCUAUCUAUUGGGCCGCGAAUAAAUUUUAUCAGUACUUAAUGGAUCAUAAACCGUUAAUUGCUUUGUUUGGAGAGCACAAAGGCAUUCCACAGAUGGCUGCAGGCAGGCUACAAAGAUGGACCUUGUUUUUAAGUGGUUUUAGAUUUGAGCAUAUUAAAGGCACUAGUAACCAGGAUGGAGCGGAUGGCAUAUCUAGGGCCUAG